AUGGCCGCGAAAUCGCCCCUCAAGGUUAUCAUUGGAGCUGGCAAUAUUGGAGACAGGAGUCUUGACAAAACUGUGCGGUACGAUACACCUGAAGAGGUGAAUGCAUACUUGAAUGCAUUCUACGAUCGCGGCUACAACCAUAUUGAUACCGCUCGCUCGUAUUCCACUGGCGCACCAGGAACAUCUGAGCCCAGACUUGGCGCUGUCGAGGCCGGAAAGAGGUUCACCAUCGAUUCCAAAGCGCUAUCUCGGGAGCCAGGAAGCCACACAAGGGAAAAGAUCGCCAAAGAGGUUGACCUUUCUCUCAAAGCUCUGCAAAUUGACCAGAUCAAUGUCUACUAUCUGCAUCAACCUGACAGGGUUACUCCCUUUGAGGAGACAUGCGAGGCUAUGGACAAGGCCUACCGGGAAGGGAAAUUCAAAAAGUUUGGGCUUUCUAACUUUACAACCAAGGAGGUUGAACAGAUUCUCGAAAUUUGUGAGCGCCGGGGCUUCGUGAAGCCGAGUGUCUAUGAGGGGCAGUACAAUCCUAUUGUUCGUGGUGGAGAGAAGAAAUUGUUCCCUCUUCUGCGUAAGAACAACAUUGCAUUUUAUGCAUGGAGCCCUGCUGGAGGAGGCUUCUUUGCCGGAAACCAUAAGAAUGGUAAAUCCGGCGGCCGUUUUGACACAUCCACUUUUCUCGGAGGCGUCUACUCGAGUCUGUAUCUCAAGCCUUCUAUUGAGGCUGCAACGGAGAAUGCUUUGGCGGUCGCUGGCAAACACGGUAUCAGCGGCCACGCUGCUGCCUUGAGAUGGACACUUCAUCACGGUGUUCUUGAUGCCAAGUUUGGUGAUUCCAUCAUCAUCGGCGCAUCCAACAUCGAUCAGCUCAACUCCAACCUCGACGUCAUUGAGCAAGGGCCCCUUUCAGAUGACGUCGUACAGGCUAUUAGUAAAAUAUUUGAGGAAGUAGGUACUGACGAAAUCCCCUAUCACUUUUAG